AGGUAGACAAAAAAAGUAGAGGGCGAGAAUGGAAGAAAACGACAUGGCGAUGGCGACGCGACGGACGGCGAGGAAAAGGGAGGCGGCCUUGCCUGCAACACAUCUUUAACGCCUCUCGACCUCAUCUUUAAACGGCUUGCUUCCACUCUUCUCCUCUCGUCUCGAUGAUUUAGGUGGUCGUAACAAGAUUAUCCGUUCAGAUAGCUUGAGAUCAAGAACAGAGGAGUCAUGGUCGGUGACGGCGGCGAAAGGCGGGAGGAGCACCAGUGGCCGAUGUGGUUGCGGCCGCUACUGUCGACGAGCUUCUUCGUGCAAUGCAAGCAGCACGCAGCUCAUUCUCACCGGAGAGAGUGCAACAUGUACUGCCUCGACUGCACGAACGGCGCGCUUUGCCCUCUCUGCGUUCUCGCUCACCGCGACCACCACGCCGUUCAAAUAAGGCGGUCGUCGUACCACGACGUGAUCAGAGUGUCGGAGAUCCAAAAGGUGCUCGACAUCACCGGCGUGCAAACAUACAUCAUCAACAGCGCCCGCGUCGUCUUCCUCAACCAGCGCCCCCAGCCGCGGCCCAGCAAGGGCGUCGCCAGAACCUGCGAGGUCUGCUACCGCAGCCUCGUCGAUUCCUUCCGUUUCUGCUCCCUCGGAUGCAAGCUCGCUUGCACCUCCGACAAUGACGACGACAAGAACAAAUCGAGAGGAGGAUCGGACUCGGAGCGAUCGAUCAGCAGCGAGACAAGCAACGCCACCCACAGCUUCUCCCCGUCGACUCCGCCGCCGUCGAGCGCCAAGAGACGGAAGGGCAUUCCCCACCGAGCUCCCUUUGGAAGCCUAAUGCUGGGAUUCUAACCUCCCACACAUGGACCUUUUCCAAAUUCUCAGCACCCAGUGCUUCUCGACAGGAGAGGCCGGCGCUGGGAACGACAACUCCAAGAAAACAGAGAAGACGAAUAAUCGGAUCACCAAUUCACCAUUAAUGUUGAGUUGCAGUUACUUUAGAUGGAGCAGGUGUAAUAUAAUCCAAAAACUAAAUUUUAAUACUCUGUUAUGUUUGCCAA